AUGUCAGAUGUGGCAGUGCGCACUAGCUCCAAGAUCACCACCAAGGAUUUAAAGGAGAAGAAAAAAGUUGUGGAUGAGGCAGAGAAUGGAAGAGCUGCCCCUGCUAAUGGAAAUGCUAAUGAGGAAAAUGGGAAGCAGAGGACCAAUAAUGAGGUAGAUAAAGAAGAGGAAGAGGGUAGUGAGGAAGAGGAGGAAGAUGAUGGUGAAGAAAAGGAUGGAGAAGAAGAUGAGGAGGCUGAGGCAGCUGGGGGCAAACAGGGAGCUGAAGAUGACAAAGGAUGA